UUUGGGAAUUUGGAUUUGUGGGAUUUGGGAUUUGGGAAUUGGAAGAUUUGGGGCAGAAGAAGAAGAAGAAGAAGCAUCAGCCAUGAAUACCAACUUCAAUUUCAAUCGGAAGAAGAAGAUGAUGGUCCUCACCGCCGACGAAUCGAAGACGCUCUACUCUCUUCUCAGGGCCGACCAACGCCCUCUCCACCACAUCGUCUCCGACUUCAGCUCCACCUUCCCCACCACCUCUCUCCCUCACUACAUCGCCUGCUUCUCUCUCUCCACUCUCUUACAGGACAAGAAGAUGCUCAACUCGACUCAGCGUUUGAUUGCGUUUGCCCUUCUUCAUCAAUCUUAUUCUGCUCAGACUUCUUCUGCGAAUCCCUUCCUCACUCUAUUUAUCACUGCUGCCUGCAAUGAUGAAACUGAAAAGUACGAGAGGGCAUUUCUUCUUCUGCUUUUAAGCUCGGAUACCUCCAGUAAUGGCAAAGAGUUUCUUAAACAAUCUGCUACAGAUUACAUCAACGGUUUUGAUCCCUCAAUGCACACAUUCCCUCAGCAAGCACAGUUGGAACAGCAAUACUGUGACAAACUUAAUCCAGAGCCUUAUAACUGCCCAUUUAAAGAUGGUUCAGUUAGAAAUAUUGUCCCAGACCCCGAUGUUCCCGAUGGUUGCGAUCCUAAUUCAUCAGAGUUUGAUUUGCAAUGGAGAGACAAACCUAAGAUUGGAUCUGGUGAUAGAGAUGAGACAGUUGUGGGGUUCCUGUCAAAUCUGUCAAUGGAAGGGUUAGGUCCUCAUUGGAGCCGGCCUGUUCCACCAAGACUCCCAGUCCAGGCUGGUGAAUUGGUAUGGCUAAACCCUGGUGAUAAUCAUGAACUAUUAUGGGACUAUGGUAUGUGUGUUGAUACUAGCAGAGGAACAGCAGUAAGAGACUUGAUCACCAAAGCUUUGAAGGGGCCACUUGUUCCUAACCAACAAGAGCAAGUUCUAUUGGAAUUGGCAAAUGACCCCAAGCUUGUAUAUCAUUGCGGACUCACACCAAGAAAGCUACCAGAACUUGUGGAAAAUAAUCCUCUUAUUGCUGUUGAAGUUCUUACUAAGUUGAUAAAUUCCCCUGAAAUAGCUGAUUACUUUACAGUGCUUGUCAAUAUGGACAUGAGUCUUCACUCAAUGGAGGUUGUGAACAGACUAACAACUGCAGUGGAACUUCCUUCUGAGUUUAUACGGAUGUACAUAACUAAUUGUAUAUCAUCCUGUGAGAACAUCAAGGACAAAUACAUGCAGAACAGACUCGUGAGGCUCGUAUGCGUUUUUUUGCAGAGCCUUAUCAGAAACAAUAUCAUCAAUGUUAAGGAUCUGUUCAUCGAAGUUCAAGCAUUUUGUAUCGAGUUCUCGCGGAUUAGAGAAGCAGCAACAUUGUUUAGGCUUCUCAAGUCAUUGGAAUGAGAUUUCAGGCUUAGUUUCUUUUCUCUAUAUUACAUUUUGUAGAUAAUUACAAUGUUUUAAUUGAAUUGAGAGGUCAUUUAGUGAAAUAUUUUGAACUCAAGAAUAGUUAUUUGCUUUUGUGGUGUUCA